AUGUUCCACAUCGAGAGUGGCUUCGUAGACGUCUCGGCGAACGGGGCAAGUCAACGCGCUCGCAGCUGGUUUUGCAUCAUUGAGCUGGGCCGUUGUGUCAAACGGCAGCGGCAGGGCCGCACGGACUCGUUUCGCCACCCGCAGAUGAGCGGCAGUAUGGAAGCCUUGCCUGCAGCUUCUGCCACCUUCGCGAAGCGGAAUGACACCAUUCGCCGUGGCUUCCAUUUCAGUGCCUGCGUCGGGUGUGUUGAGAUCGCCGCGUGCGGGACAUUGGCGCUGCAGCGAGAGCAAGUGCGAGGCCGCAUGACCUCUUCUCGCUCCGCCUGCAAAGUGGAGGCCGAACCUGUUUUUUUUCCUUCGUGCAGCUGUUUCGUCACAAGAGCGUAA